UCUUCACUCAGUUAGGGAAAAUAAUUCUUUUACUUUCUUCACUCAGUAGGGGAAGGCAAUUCUUUCACUUUUUUCACUCAGUAGGGGCAGAUAAUUCUUUUAUUUUUUCAUCCCAUAAUGGAAGGAAAUCUUUUUACUUUCUUCACUCAGUAGGCGAAGGAAAGCAAAUUCUUUUACUUUUUUCUUCACUCAGUAGGGAAAGAUAGUUCUAGUACUUUGUUCACUCAGAAGGCGAAGAUAAUUCUUUUACUUUUUCACUCAUUAGGGGAAUAUAAUUCUUUUACUUUUUUCACUCCAUAGGGAAAGGAAAUUCUUUUAUUGUCUUUACUCAGUAGGGAAAGAUAAUUCUUUUACUUUUUUCACUCCAUAGAGGAAGGGAAUUCUUUUACUUUUUUCUUCUCUCAGUAGGGGAAGAUAAUUCUUUUACUUUCUUCACUCAGUAGGGGAAGAUAAUUCUUGUACUUCCUUCACUCAGUAGGGGAAGAUAAUUCUUUUACUUUCUUCACUCAGUAGGGGGAGAUCAUUUUUUUACUUUCUUCACUUAGUAGGGGAAGAUAACUUCUUUUUUUUUUUUUUUUUUUACUUUUUUCUUCACUAAGUAUGGAAAGAUGAUUCUUUUACUUUUUUCUUCGAAAAUUUAGCUUCCCUUUAAUCUGUACCUGGUGAAAUAUUGUAAAAUAAACAAUAUUGAUAUUUACAACCAAAUUAACACAAUUAAUAUCAUUAAUGGAAAAUGGAGGGAAAGAAAACAUGACAUGAACUGUACAUUGGAUAUUAUAAGAUAUUUUAAGACUUCAGUUGUAAUAUUCUUUCACAAUGUCCACGAGUUUGUAUACCUCUGUAUCACCUUUUCCGUAAUAUGAUAAAUGUCCACUGCCGAAUUUUUGGGGACUGCUUGGUGGUAACGGAGUUGUAUUAUUCGUGUUCACUAGUGCAUAUGUACAGGUACGUUUGUAAUGAUCCGUGGGGUCUUAUGAAAUAGUAUUCAAUAAAUUAUGAUACUGACUUAGCUCCGGGCGAUCCUCUGGUAUAUAUCUGUGUAUUAUAUACACUUGUUACUUCCCUAAUGUAAACAGAUGGUAUCCAUUUCCUCGUGAUUUAAAAUAAUUUCUAGGCCAUAUAAAAUAUUUUUUCAAUAUCUCCGCGUAAUACUCCUGGGAUCCUAGGGGGUUUCUAUUAAUUAACCAUCUGUAUCGGCAUGUGUCUUAGAAUAUGCUGCAUAAAUGCAUCGGCUUCCUCAACGGCGGGACAAUUGGGAUUUUGUCAGUAAUUCACGUAUUUCAUUAGUAAUGCGAACUGUUAGAAUCAAUAAACUCUCGUAUUACUCAUGUUGUUCCCAGACCGUCGAGUUAAUGAGAGCUGGAAGACUCGAGGAAAAUAAUGUAGAAACAUUUUAUACAACGAAUCCGUGUCCCUCGAUCAAUCCACUUACAGUCAUUGGAUGAAGGAAGUGAGAUGAGCGCGAGAGUUCAUGUUUUAUCUCAUCUUGUAAAUUAAAGAGGCUGUGAUCUCCUAGCGAAGCACGACAUCUAUUGAUUGGACACCGGUUCUGGAGACAUUUUGAUUCCACGUGCCUUGAAGACCUGACAGUUUCUGUAUUUACGAGGAUCAGUGAUCAAUACAUGCUGCACUGAUUUAAUCUGACUGCAGACAAUAUGAUCUGUUAAUUAAAGUCGAUUGUGAUUUUAUACGUCGAUAAUACUCAGAUAUUUGCCAGCGAUUAAAUCGUUGAUAGACUAGUGUGUAUAUUGACAAUCUGCGAUACCGAUACGACACGAGGGACUCCAGGACAUGUAGGAUGGGAAAACAUGUCUUUCUAUGGAGCGCAAUUUAUUUUCUUAAUUUGAUUCUGUUGCCCCAGACUGAAGGAGCUGAAGUUGGUAUACUAAUCUUUGCGGAUGGGGUCAGCGUCCAUAGGGCUCUCUUAGAUGGGACUCAACAUCACGUGCUCCCACUCUCUAACAUCCGAAAGGCCAAGUUCUUGGAGUUUGACCCGCAGACCAAGCAGAUAUAUUGGGCGGAUAUCGGCAGCAUGGAAAUUUGGAGGACGGACCUGUGUGGGGAAGAGCAGCAGCGUGUUUACAGUCCUAAUGCCACGUCAUCUACCUACUUCAUCAGCCUGGCUUUGGACUAUGAAGCUCGAAAGAUUUAUUGGACUAAUACUGGAAAUGACAUCAUAGAGCGUGUCAAUCUGAAUGGAAAUGAGCAUAUGGAGAUAGCGAGUGAGGGGAUAAGCUCGCCGAAAGACCUGGAAUUAGACAUCAACAACGGGUAUUUGUAUUGGCUGGAUGGAGGUACACGACCAAAGAUAGAGCGGUGUAAGAUGGACGGAAGUGCCAGAGAAACUGUGUUUGAUUUGAAGAGAGACUUCCCCUCGGCCUUGGCCCUGGACGUCGACAGACAGAAACUAUACUGGAACAAUGGCAACGACCAGUCUAUAUGGGUCGGCAGUGUGGACGGGUCCAUGAAGCGCCAGUUUGCCCCUAAGUCUGUUCAUCCCUUUCCAAACAUGAUAGGCAUGUCGAUCUUAGAUGACUACCUAUAUUGGGAGAAUUUUUACAACAAGCGGAUUGAACGAAUGAAAAUAACCAGCACUCCUGUUACGGUGCACACCGUUGUCAAAAACAUCAGUGAAGUAUUAGAGGUCAAGGCCGUGAAGGUGACCGCUUCUGACAUACAGUGUUCACCAGGUGCUCCUACGAAUAUCAGAAUAAUGGAUGUCACCAACACAAGCGUCAAAGUUACGUGGAUAGCUGGAUAUAACUGGGGGACAUCUCAAAGCUUUCAAUUAUUCAAAAAUACAUCAGAUGGAUGGAGCUCUCUUGGUGUAAAAAUUCCAUCUAUUAAUCAGCCAGCAUAUUCGUACACAGUGACUGGUCUAACUCCAAACCAAGGUUAUCAAGUCAAGGUCAAAGCGUGCAACCCUGCAAAAAGAUGUAACAAGGAUAAAUUUGACGUUGUACGAGGUUUUAAAACAAAAGGCUACCCCGCCACCCUCGUUAGUCCCAGCAUUGAUCGUGUCACGAACAUUACCGCUUCUCUGCGGUAUAGGUUGCCCGAUUUCAAGCAAGCCGACUUGUCAUCUUUGGUUCUUCUGGCCCGGAAGUUGAAUGGAGAAUGGAGAUCGCUCACAACCUUUGAAAAAAGAAUGAGUAGCGAUUUGGGCGACAUCUAUGUGGAAGUGCUUCAAUUACAACCCCGGAUGGAGUACGAAUUUCUGGUUCGGCCCUGUAAUAUUUAUGGUUGUAACCCGAGGAAUCCCAAAAUGUUGAGGGUCACUACCUUAGGCUAUCCAGACCUUCCAGAAGACUCCCUUGUAUCAAAAAUAACCAAUUCAUCAGCGGAACUGCGAUUUAACGUAGACUUUGUCAAUACGCAGUUACAACCUGAAGUAAUCAUAAAUAUACAAAGGGAAAGGGACACAUGGCCAUUAAAAGUCCGCUACAAGAUUAGUACAAAAGGAGAGCAGAAGAGAGAUAUAGAAUCUCUAAAUCCGAAGACAGCUUACAUGAUGACGUUAAGAAUAUGCAAUGUUUAUGGUUGUAACCCACAGCAAACAAAACCAGUUAGAUUUGUAACUCGAGGGAAACCCAGCAGGCCAAGUGUUUUCAAGGUCACAAAUAAAACGUCCGCGUCUGUGACCUUGGCCUGGAGGGUAGCAUUCCACAAAGAGGAUCAAUUCCAUGCUUACUCUCUUCAAAUGUCCAUCAAUAAAGGGAACUGGACAGUAAUCCAGACCGUCACCACUUAUUCCGGGGGCGGACUAAUUACAUAUACACAUGAUGAUCUGAUGGACCACAAUGAAUAUUCCUUUAGACUCUCUAUAUGUAACAUUUUUGGAUGUAGCACGGAUCCUGAACAGAUUGUUACAGUCUAUAAUGAUGGUGAAGAAAAAGAAGUUGUUGAUGAAGAUAAAGGAAGUUCCAUUACUCCUCGUGAACGACUUAUCAUCAUCAUCGUCGCUGUUGUCAUCGGUGUUUUCAUCAUUGUCGUCUUGCUGAUAUGUGUCGUUAAAUGUGCCAUGAGAAAUGCUCUCUCUAAAGACGACUAUCUCAACGUCAAAUAUUCAGGAAAACCUACGCACAUCUAAUGCUCUGCAUACUACGUACUUGUUUUUCUACAUAAAUACUUCAGAUUUGUAAAUACAUUUUGUAUUAUAUUUCUAUUGAUGCAGCUCCAUGUCCACAUUUUAAGAUUUUGUAAUCUCUCUACCCAGUAUGAAGUGUUUGUGAAAGAAAGUACCAAGAAUUUCAUAUCCACACGAUUCACAAAUGAAGCUUUUUGUAUACAUAUACAUUUGCAAGUGUUGUAUGACUGUUAAUCAUGAUAACAAAUGUCUCUUUGUGUUCAUUUAUCCAAUGAAAUUGGAUAAUUUUCAUUUAUUUUUAAUAAAUUUACAUUUUUGAG